AUGCAGAAACUUGCUGUUUUCUUCCUUGCUCUAGUGCUUCUCGCUUGCGCCGAACAAAAGUGCAAAGUAAACAAGGACUGUUCUCCAGGAUACAAAUGCGAUGGAGGAUCCUGUACUGUCAAUAUGGAAUGCCCAAGGAUCUUUCCUGUGAAAGUAAAGGCUGGAUGCAAAACCAUAUCGGUGGCGGAUGACAACAAUUGUGCAAUGAUCAAAAUUGUUUGCUAG